AUGCCUGGCACCAACGGUACCCAGGGCGCGAAGGUGCUCGACCACGCCACCGCUCUCGAUGUCCUCAAGGAGUACGAGGGCCGUGACGGUCUUAACAUCACCGAGCUCAUGGACACCAAGAAGCACGGCGGUCUGACCUACAACGACUUCCUGCUGCUUCCUGGCUACAUUGGCUUCCCCGCCUCCGCCGUCAACCUCGACUCGCCUGUCACCAAGCGUGUCACCCUCAAGACCCCCUUCGUCUCCUCGCCCAUGGACACCGUCACUGAGCACGAGAUGGCCAUUCACAUGGCGCUCCAGGGCGGCCUCGGCGUUGUUCACCACAACUGCUCCCCCGAGGCCCAGGCCGACAUGAUCCGAAAGGUGAAGCGCUAUGAGAACGGCUUCAUCCUCGACCCCGUUGUCAUCAGCCGCGACACCACUGUCGGCGAGGCGAAGGCUCUUAAGGAGAAGUGGGGUUUCGGCGGUUUCCCCGUCACAGAGAACGGCAAGCUCGGCUCCAAGCUGCUGGGUAUCGUCACCAACCGUGAUAUCCAGUUUGAGGAGGACCCCGAGACCUCCAUCUCCAACGUCAUGGUGACCGAGCUGAUCACUGCUCCCUCGGGCGUUGACCUGCCCGACGCGAACAAGAUCCUCGCCAAGUCUAAGAAGGGCAAGCUGCCCAUCGUCGACAAGGAGGGCAACCUCGUCUCCAUGAUCUCCCGCUCCGACUUGAACAAGAACCAGCACUUCCCCCUGGCUUCCAAGCUCCCCGACAGCAAGCAGCUCCUCUGCGCUGCUGCCAUUGGCACCCGUCCCGCCGACCGCGAGCGUCUUGCUCUGCUGGUCGAUGCUGGCCUUGACAUUGUCAUCCUGGACUCGUCCCAGGGUAACAGCAUGUACCAGGCCGAGAUGGUCAAGUGGAUCAAGUCCGAGUUCCCCGGCCUCGACGUCAUUGGCGGAAACGUCGUGACGCGCGAGCAAGCCGCGACCCUCAUCGCCGCCGGCGUUGACGGUCUGCGCAUCGGCAUGGGCAGCGGCUCGGCCUGCAUCACACAGGAGGUCAUGGCCGUCGGCCGCCCCCAGGCUGCUGCCGUUUACUCGGUCAGCAGCUUCGCCGCCCGCUUCGGCGUGCCCUGCAUCGCCGACGGCGGUGUCCAGAACGUCGGCCACGUCGUCAAGGGCCUGUCCCUCGGUGCCUCGACCGUCAUGAUGGGCGGUCUGCUCGCCGGCACCACCGAGUCCCCCGGCACGUCCUUCGUCUCGCGCGAGGGCAAGCUGGUCAAGGCCUACCGUGGCAUGGGCAGCAUCGACGCCAUGCAGGACAAGAAGGCCGGCGGUGGCGGCAAGGACUCGCAGAAGAGCAACGCCGGCACGGCCCGCUACUUCUCCGAGGGCGACAGCGUCCUGGUUGCCCAGGGCGUUACCGGCUCCGUCGCGCACAGGGGUCCCAUCUCCAAGUUCGUCCCCUACCUCGCGGCCGGCCUCAAGCACUCAAUGCAGGACUGCGGCAUGCAGAGCCUGACCGAGCUGCACGAGAGCGUCGCCGACGGUACCCUCCGUUUCGAGCUUCGCACGUCGAGCGCCCAGAUGGAGGGCAACGUGAACAUGGAGUCCUACGAGAAGAAGCUCUUCGCGUAG